GUUUGAAAAACUCCUAAACUUGCUGGCUGACGCAUUUCGGCAAUUAGCAAUAACAAAUGGCAACAGUCGUUAACGGCUUGGUCGAUGUGGGAACCAGCAGCGUCGUGUUGCCAUCUAAGAGCCAAAUUGAAUACCUCAUAAGCCAAACUCCUGCCUGCUUGUUGCGGCCUCUGGCUUUCUUCGUUAGUUGGAACGGCGUGCUCACGCUCGCUUACAGCGGCUUCCCGCCCGCCCUGGCCUCCCUCAAGUCCGCUCUCAACGACAGCCUGCCCUCCCUGCCGCCCGAGUACUCGGGCAGCAAGUGGCCCAAGACCUCCCUUGGGGCGCUGCACGACACCGCGCGCCUCACACCGCAGCAACUGGAGCGACUGAACCAGAUCUGCAGGGAGGAGAGCGCCAAGCUGUCUCAGCAGGUUGACGAGCAGGCGGUGCUAGUGGACCGACUGACAGUGGUGUUCUACGAGUGCAGAUCCCUAGAACGGCGGCUGCUGGAGCACAGCGUGCCCCUGUCAUCACACCCCUCCACUCCGCUGGACCCCAGCCCUCCGCAGCCCGAGGAGCAGGCGCGGGUGCGGGGCGUGGUGGCGGAGGCGGAGCAGCCGGGGUACUGGUUCCAUGCCAGCAAGGAUGGCAGCCGGGAGGCGCACUACAGGGGCUCACAUCUGGGUGUCACGCUGGUGCAUGACCUGGAGGCCUUUAGGGCGGCAGCAGUCUGCGCAACACCUGCUGCUGCUGCAGCUGCUGCUGCGGCGGCGGCGGCGGGGGCUGGUGGCCAAACCUACGGAUCCGGUCUCCCAGGCAUUGUCCGCGGCUUCCGCGACCGGGUGGAGGCUGAGCUGCCCGGGCUGUACCGCUGGUUCCAAGACACCUCGCUGCACUCCACCGUGCGUUCGCUGAUGGGCUGAUGAUAACAGCAUGGCUGAUGACCACAUGCAUGCAUGGCGGGUGCGCUCGUUGCUACUAACAACUCGGUUGGGUUCAUCAACCGUGUGUGUUCUCUUCUUGAAAACAACAGCUGUAGCAGGCAUCAUUCAUUCAACGCUAGUGCUGCAAUGUGUGCCGCAAGGGUUCAUUGGAGUUCAUUGCCGGGUGCCGCGUUGGUAGCCUCCUGGUGGUUAGGGUGCGACCUGUAGAGGCUGAGACAUUAUCACGUGGAGCCUGCUGGGGUGGUCUGCUGGUGGAUGGGCCUCAUGGACGAGGGAUGUGCGUGUGUGAUGGAACAAACGGGUUGGCACCUGACAUGAGCUACAUCGCAACAUGAAUGUCGGUACCUGUGCUUGACAGGCAUUAAGACUUACUGCCUGCAGCCUUUACCAGCAUGCAAAGCACACAGCGCCACCAAUCACUCUUUCCACGUACAGAGGUACGAGUGGAAGUUCAAUCACCAAACGUUAAUGACAAUUAG